GACUGAAUAAGCUGUCUUUUGCAAAUACAAAAUUGUUCAUCAUGUCGGAGAAUGACAACAACGUAUCAACCAUGGACGUGGACACUGCUUUUCUCAAAUCCAAGAGGGGAAUUGUGAAAGCAGCAGAAAUGGUGACUCUGUUUGUGGCGUUUGUGUGUUUCACCACAGCAUCCACACCCAGAUACAUUGCAGCCUCAGUGAUGGAGUUUCUCAUCACGUCACUUCUACUGCUGUUAUACGUGCUGAAGCUCAAUAAGAGGCUUACUUUCUUCUUUUGGCCUCUCGUUGAUGUUUUCAAUUCAGUGUUUGCAGCAAUCUACCUUGCUGUCUUGAGCCUGAUAGCGAUGACUUCAUACACAGCCAACGGCACCCUGGCAGGAGGGAUUGUGUUUUUCCUGUCAGCUGGACUGCUGUGUGUGGACAUCUACAUGCUUUUCAAGAUCAUCACAUUUAACAAAUCAAGAAAUGUAACACAGAAUGAAGCUAAUGAAGAAAAGAGCUGAGUGUUAAAACAACAUCUUAGUGUGCUAAAACCCCUGAAGCAAGUUUGGGUUUACCACGUUUGUGAUUUGAAACCGUUUGUGCAUCAGUCAGUGUGUUUUUGCAACUUAAACAUUUGUAGCCUGAUUUUCUUAAAGGAGACAUAUAUGAUUUUUUUUCUAACUAAUAUUAAUACCUUUUCCUGACAUGUCAAGAUACCUCUGGGUUACAGUACAAAAGAUAAAUUUUUCAACCCUAUCUUUACCGCUCUGUUCAUCAGACCUAGUUUUAGACAGCAGAUGUUACCGGACCUCUUUUCAAAUUAGUGUUGCAGCUUUUUGUGAUCCACUUCAGAGUACGUGGAAUCAGUUUCCUCCAAGGGAUCCAAGACUUCUUGGAUCAGUCAGUACCUGGAAUCAGAUCAGAUGAGUCCUUUAUCCUUCAACUCCAUUUAAACUAUCGUAGGAAUCCUGCGGGCGAAACAGGAACGGCUAGAUGAAAACAUGGAAGUAGCACACCAAAGUGCAGUAACAAGAAAUGAAGGGAGUUAAAAUGAGUUGCAAUUCCUACAAGCCCCUGAUUUACCCUGAUGUCAGUAACAGGCCUAAUAGCCCAACUAUUUAAAAAUAAAAGAUCCGGAUCAAUCCUUCAGAUCAGCAGGAUUCACCCAUCAGCACUUCAGAGGUCCAGCAAACGCAGUGGUGUGAAGUUGAGUGUAGAUACAGAUGGAGAGGGUGGAUAACUAUUCUCUGAUCUGGAUCUGUGACAUCACAUUACGAGAACUUUUCGGAUUUAGUCUAAGUGAUGGGUUAGUUCUUGUUUUAGUUUUGUUUCAUAUGUUUGUUCUUGUUUUAGUUUUGUUUCAUAUGUUUCCUUUAAUAUUUGUUGAUGCUGCAUAUAACACACACACACACACACACACACACACACACACACACA